AUCUCGGCCUCCUCCUCCGCAUCAGAUCUUGCUGUCGGCAACGAAUCCGAUACAUCCCCCGUCAAGCCCACGCCUAAACGAUCCCGCGGCCGCCGCGUCUCGAGCCACCCCGACAACUCUGGUUGUAAGGUCUUUACCUGUCGCUUCGAUGACUGUGGCAAGAUCUUUAAGCGAUCCGAGCAUCUCAAGCGCCAUGUUCGUUCUAUUCAUACCCUCGAAAAACCCUUUCCCUGCCCUAUCCAUAACUGCCCCAAGCGGUUUUCACGGUCUGACAAUUUGAAUCAGCACAUCCGCAUCCAUCGGCACAGCAAUGCCACCAGGGCGACCGAUAAGAACAGC